AUGUUGUGGUACCAGAUCUUCCGCGACGGUCCUGAGUACGAGAAGCGCAUCGCGCAAGGUACCUUCACCCCACCCAACUUCACGUCAAAACAGCUCUACGACGCAAUUCCGCCCCAUCUCUUCCGCCGCUCGACAACGCGGAGCACGAUCUACAUCCUCCGCCACCUCGCCGUCACCGCGCUAUUCUACUGUCUCGCGACCAGGAUCGACCUGCUCGUCAACCUGCUGACGGCGAACGUGCAUGCUGCACGAGUCUUGCGAGCGAUUCUGUGGCUCGCCUACUGGGGGUGGCAAGGCCUCGCGUUCACGGGCAUAUGGGUGCUUGGACAUGAGGCCGGCCAUGACUCCUUCUCGUCCUAUCCCUGGUUCAACACCGUUGUCGGCAUGGUGCUCCACACGUUCGUGUUGACGCCCUUCCACGCUUGGCGGGCGACGCAUCGGUCGCAUCAUAAACAUACCAACAGCAUGGAGAACGACGAGACCUACCACCCACAAACGCGCGCUGAUCUCAGGCUCCCCGACGGGCGCGUCGCUGUCAAGAUGGACUACGCCGAAGUACUCGAAGACACGCCCGCCUUCACCCUCUUCAAGUUGUUUGUGCGCCAGUUCUUCGGCUUCCAAUUAUAUCUCUUGCAUAACCGCAAGGGAAACCCAAAAUACCCUGCUGGCACUAGCCAUUACCGCCCCUCCUCCCUCCUCUUCAAGUCCACCGACUGGACAUCCAUCGUGAUCUCCAACGUCGCCAUCGGCACCAUGCUCUGCCUGAUCGGCGCGUACGCCUACCUCUGUGGAUGGAAGGCGUGCCUUACGCACUACUUUAUGCCGUGGUUGUUUGCCCAUAAUUGGCUCGUCAUGAUCACGUAUCUCCAGCACAGCGAUCCGACGAUUCCAUAUUAUCGUAAGGAUCAAUGGACCUUCGUCCGCGGCGCGCUCGCCACCGUCGACCGCCCCAUCUUCGGCUGGGCGGGGCGCUUCUUCCUGCAUAACAUUAGCAGCGACCACGUCGCGCACCACUUCUUUUCGAGUAUUCCUUUUUACAACCUGCCCGCCGCGACGGAGGCCAUCAAGCCCGUCCUUGGCGAGUAUUAUAAUUAUGACUCGACGGGCGUCCUAAAGGCCCUCUGGCGUUCCUUCACCCAAUGUGGCUUCGUCGAGGACGACGGCGCGGUGCUGUUCUUCAGAAACGCAUAUGGCGACGCUGUUCUGGAUGCCGAUACGACCGACAUAUAA